CUCAAAAAAAGGAUUCCGGUUACCUGUCACAAAAAAUGGAAUCGCCAUGUUGACAGUUCCCGGUUGUAUGUAUUCUUUGGACAACAGCUAUCCUCAAUCCCCGUGGAGAUUGGAUAUCAAUAAGUAUCCAUUGAACUCCCCUUACCAGCUAAGUUCAUCAGGCCAACUGGUCGCAAACCUCGUUAAAUCGGACCUUCCCUUCCGUUGAUGCAUCAUCAAAGCUCAAUAUCACGACAUGCACAGCUCAUUCCCCCAAAUUAGCACCCGGUUCUCGUAUGAUACCGAAUACUACCAAAAUUAGACAAAAAGAAGCCCGCCAGCGGCCCACUUCUCGCAUUUCUGAAGUAACUCUUGCAUUACGGAUUCCACCUUUCUUCCAAUUUAGCAACAUAUUACCCUUAUCAAUCAGGCUGAUAUCCAGGGUUGAUAGUCCACAAGCAACCCCUUAGACGCAACGGGGUGGGGACCAGUGCGGAUCACCACAUUAUCACAUGAAUUCUCUUGCUACACGUGAAUGGAUAGAUAGCAAGCAACGAUGUGAGGACGGAGAUAGUGUCAGCCAGAAAAGAAGCCAUGUAGAUACCAAAAUACGUUGUAGCGAUCCUAUUUCUUGUAGUAGUUAUCCGAUUUGCUUAUCGAACCAUCCUUGCACGCGAUUGAUGCUUGAUACAACUCUCUCUUCAGCUGCUUCAGAGACUGAUGAGCAAUCAUGCAAUUAAUCGCAAUCUCAACCUUCUCUUGCGCGGAAGGCUAGCUAUAGUUUGUCACCGUUAUCUACCCCUUGUUGAUUCCUUCCAUCGCGGAUUACACAAUAGCGAACAUCGUCUUUAGCGGAUACCAUACAUGCACAUGUAAUGUAUGUGCAUACAAGGCACGCAGGACGGAGGACCCUUAGUCAAAAUCACAACAACGUGUGAUCGACACUCAAAUCGCAUCCUCUGCAGGUCAAGCAGAGUAAGUCAGGACGCCGUCCAAGCUCGGAUAACCUAGCAUCUUCGUCCACUUCCAUCGCAACAGGCGGUUCCGAGUCCCGGUCUAGCCCAAGAGGACCACAAUGCAAUAUGGAUUCAAAAUGGGAAGCCAGAAGCCUGAUAGGUGGCUAUUUUAACCCCCCCGCCCAAACGACAUCCCCGACACCAUGUUCCGCUCUUCGAACGACGAGUGUGGCCAUGGCACCCAUUGGCCCAUCAACGGUCGUAUUCCUGGAGGGUUUUGCUACUCGCUAGAAUCAACUAUAUUCCACCAGGGAUCACGGCUUCUAGCCCAUUCCUCCGCUUUUGCAAACCGAACUGUUAUUUCAGGAGUUAAUGAGAGCAACGCUAUCUGUCUCAAGAACGGCCAAUGAUGAAAGUAGACAGGAGGGAAAGCUGAAAAUUGACAGGGUCAAAUCGCCUGUCUAUACGUAAUGAAGUGGUUUGUCCAAUUGUCUCCAAGAAGCUCUAGAGCGAACGGCAACGACGACUACCAUGGCAUACCCUCCUCCACCUCUCCUCUUCUCCAGGCUUUUCUCCAAACUCAAAUUUUGCUCGAAGCUACGGGCAGUGGAGUAUCGGCAAGGAAGAAGCGUUGGAAGAGUAUCUGGCAGAUCGGUGAAAACUGCUGUUUAUAGACCAGUGGGAUACAUUAAUAACCCCCGGAAUUCCACAUCAGAUUCCACGGCAGGACGAGAAAUGGCGGAACACCGACGGCCCUGCUGUGUGGCAGUUGAACUAUAUGAGGCAAUCGCCAAGGGGUCUAAAAUCAUAUCCCUCUUGUUUCUGCGGUCUCGCAUCACCUGGUGUUUUCUAGCAAAAGCUCUCUCUCUCUCUCUGUCUCUCUGGGAUAAAAAGUGGAAAGCGUUGGAUACAUAUCUACCCUGGGGAUCCAGUAACACAUAAUCCUUUCAACCGUCAAUUCGGAAAGUCAACAGGCUUAUUAGCCGGGGUAGCUCUAUACUCCGGUUCAUAAUCCACUAGAUUGAGAUAGGAGAUAGCGGAAUAUGCAAAGAUGGUGUAAUAGAG